CUGGUGUGUUCAGGACGUUUUGAGAGCAGAGUACAACACGCUCCCACUCAGAAGAAGUUUGUUGAGAGGUGUAACAAGAGUUGAAGUUUACUCGGAUGUUUGUGUUCCCUCUUAAUUUCCAAUUAGCCUCCAUCUUCUUUCUCUGCACUUUUGCUUUUUGAUGACAAACGUGUAACCUCAACUAGCGGUUGGUUUUGUUAACCAGGGUGCUGCUGUCAAACUUUCGUUGACAUGGAUUUGUUGCACCGACGAAGGACGGACUGAAAAGUUUGGGAAUUACCAUCAUUCACCAGCGAGCUUCAACAAAACGGACCUUUUUUUUUAAAUAAGCUGUCAUUAACUUUUUUUUUUUUUUUACAAUAAGACAUGCAGAAGUUGAAUUCCUCCGGUACCCACUGCAACACGCUGCCCCGGGACGCGGAGCUCCAGCUGCGGUUAGCUGACAGUGGAGGAGCCGGGGACGGGAAGGAGAACGGCGGUGGGAAGCAUUUCCUCUCCCAACCUGAGGAGGAAAGCUCGUUUUGCACCAAGAGGAGAAUGCUUGUCGGUUUGGAUGUUAUAUGCCUUUGUGUUGCCUCCAUCCCAUUCUUCGCGUGUGAGUUGAAGGCAGUGAUUCCGUACAAGCGAGGUUUCUUCUGUGGAGACUCCAGCAUCACCUAUCCCUACAUUGCGAGAGAGGCAAUCCCUGACACCCUGCUCAUCGCUGGUGGUAUAGCCAUCACUGGCCUAACGAUCGCACUGGGCGAAUGCUACCGGGUGCGUUUUAGAGGUGCACACUCGCGGGCUUUUGUCCGAAACUGCUAUGUGUCAUCCCUGUACAAGGAGCUGGGAAGCUUCCUGUUUGGUUGCUGUGUAGGUCAGUCUCUCACCAAUAUGGCCAAGCUAAGUGUGGGACGCCUGCGACCCAACUUCCUGUCUGUCUGUAACAUCACUUAUGCUUCCAUCAACUGCACUCCGGGCAGCUACGUUUCCGUGGUCGACUGCAGGCAGACUAAUCAUAAGAUGGUGGAGGAAGCAAGGAAGUCUUUUUUUUCCGGCCACGCUUCCUUCGCCAUGUACACCAUGCUCUACCUGGCGUUCUAUCUGCAGGCGCGGUUAUCGUGGCGAGGAGCUCGGCUGCUGCGUCCGCUAAUACAGUUCCUGUUAGUGAUGAUCGCCAUCUACACAGGCCUGAGCCGCAUCUCAGACUACCGUCACCACCCCACUGACGUCCUCACAGGCUUCAUCCAAGGAGGACUCACCGCAUACUGGGUGGCCUUCUACAUCUCCUCCAUGUUUAAGCCCUGCGCCCGUCCAGACCUGUCUCCCACUAGCAUGUCCCUGGAGAGUCCACUGUCCAGCCAGCAAACUGUCUGUUAGCAGGCUCGUGCAAUCAUUCCAGGAGUCAAAAGAUAGGAUGGACUACAGACAGGGAGAAGGUCAGCUAGCACAGGUGAGGAGCGGAGAGCAGAGAGAAACGCUUUUUAAGAAAGGGAAAGAGAAGGAUAUGAUUAAAGAGUACAAUCUAACACACACUUGCUCUUUCAGGGCAUACUGAUACACAUACAUUCACACAGUAAUCUAAUCACACACUCACACGUGAAAUACAAGAAGCACAUUUGACUGUACGUCAAACCCGUCCAGUGAAAAGAACUGCAUAGUAAUAUUACAGUUAUUUUUUUAUAUAUGAAUAUAUGAAAAAAAAAGAAAUGUCUAUUUUUAAGAGGACUUUUAGAAGCUGCUAAUGUCGAUAGUUUUCUUCUGUGAUGGAGGCAUUUGGUCAGUGCAGUUAGAACUGGUCACUCCUCGGUCUUGGGUGAGAGGGGAGAAAACGCCAGCCUCCUCUUUGUUUUUGAUCUGGAAAACAUCACCCAGCAGCUGUGAACUGAGACCGUUAGACCUCAGAUGUGAAGACAGCUCUGUACCAAGUGAUAAGGAACAAGCACUGGCUCCAACUCCUAACCAUCUUUAUCUUCUGAUGUGCCACGUCUCUAAUCAGACUGCCCUACAACGCUAUGACUAAACAAUAACCUGUACGUAAAGCAAAGGAAAAAAAACUGUAUUUGAGCUGUGAUACAAUGUUAUCUUUCUUUAUGUGUAACCAAGGUAGUGAUGCGGAGGAAUCUGACCAAGUAACUUCCCUUCCCCACCACUACUACUUUUCUGUACUAACCACUUUGACUGUGUCUCAGAGGUGGAGGUUUUGACUGAAUUUUGUAACCUUUGACCUUUGCCCCCCCCGAACUCCAAUCUCUGAGCUGCACCUUGAUUUAUGCCACUCUGACAGGAGCGCCGACAUGGCUGCAACCCCAGCGGCCCUCCUGUGCAUCUUUAUUAAUAGCACUUGAACGUACAUAAUGGAACCUUCUAAUUAUAAUCAAUAUUAUAUAUUUUAUCACAAGUUUGAAUAAUCAGUGUUUAUUUUUUUUGUUUAUGUCAGACUCAUACACUAUAUUUGUUUUUCUUGAAAUGAUAAUUAUUCAAAUUGAAUGUAAAUAGCUAUGUCAUUUUAUAAACCACACAGAAUUUCAAAAGUAUUAGCUCCAGUUUUGGACAGUUUUUACAUGUUUAUUAAGUGUUUGUAUUUACGUUUGUGUCAAUCAGGUACGGAGAGUUACUAUUGUAUCUGUUGUAACUACUAGACUGAGCCACAGAUAUUAUCAGAAAGCUAUAUUUUUUGUGUUCCCAGUUAUUGUUAUUUGUUUUGUCUGUGAAUGCCAGAAAGGCAGAAAUAACCACUGUACUCAAAAAACCAAACCAAUAAAAUGAAUGUUGAAUGUU